GAAGAGGCAGGGAGUUGAGCCCUCACUUCUCUUAUCCCUAACUCCCUAGAGAAGAGUGGUAAUAUUCCUUUUUUGUCAUAUUUUUUUUAAAGGUAUUGGUGUAUUUCUUAAAUCUAAUGGGAUUCUCUAUUGAGUUUAUUCUUUUCAUGUUUAACCAGAGCUUCAGCCCUCCCACCUCCAUGAGAUCCUACUUUGUCCUCUCCCUUUCCUGCAGCCCUCACCAGCUCCAUUGCUUCUUAUCUCCUUUCCCUGUUCUUCUGGCCCCUUUUAUGGGAUGAUUUUUCUGAGAAAGUUACAUAUCAUAAAAACUGGACUAUUGGGUUAGCAUCUAAAGAUGGUCCAAGUUUUUUCUCUUAAAGCUACCCUUUUUCUCUAACAUUUCUGCCUGGGUUUCAUGGUGGCAUCCCCUGGGAUGCAUGUAUUUUAUUUAUCACCCUUCAUUUUCAGGAAGCAUGGUUCUGGCCCAGAGAUCAGAUACUUGAAUAGAAAACAAGGCUGGGUGCUUUUCUACUUUGCUGUUGUACAUAUGGGCAUCCAUAACACACCAUUUUUAUUUUUUUUUUUAGCAGUUCUUGAUUGGUGGUUCUGUGUUGGUAAAUGGGAGAGCUAAUAGGCCAACUCCAAUUCACAGAGGAGAAGAAAAGGAUCAGUAGGCUCAGUUAUUCAGUUUCAUCCCAUCAAAUUCUCUUCAAUCAAAAUCAACCCCACAGAGCUCACUUAUUUUCAAACUCUUCCACUUUGCUGAGUAUGUCUUCAGGGUGACAUUUGCUUAGUAUGUCCCAUAUGUGUGUGAAUGACUGUAGGAAUAUAUGAUAAAAACAUUAAGUAUCUCUUAGAAAUUACCUUACACAUUGGUUCCCUUUUACUUUGGAGAGUUUUAAAUUCAAGGCAUUUUUUGAGGUAAGGCUCACUAAUCUUCGGUGAUUGAUAACUGCUACAAAUGGAUACCCUGUAAGGAGAAUUCAAUACUUUUUUUUUUUUGCGGUACGCGGGCCUCUCACUGUUGUGGCCUCUCCCGUUGCGGAGCACAGGCUCCGGACGUGCAGGCUCAGAGGCCAUGGCUCACGGGCCCAGCCGCUCCGCGGCAUGUGGGAUCUUCCCGGACCGGGGCACGAACCCGCGUCCCCUGCAUCGGCAGGCGGACUCUCAACCACUGCACCACAAGGGAAGCCCGAGAAUUCAAUACUUUUAAACAUGGCAAAAUCUAACAGGCAGCAGAGAAAAACAAAAUGUUUUCUUAUUUACUAACCACAAAACUUAGCUGAGAGUUGAAUUAAGGGUUGAAUUAUUCUGUUUUUUCAGUGAAAUGCAGUCUUACAAAUCAAAAUCACUUCUUACAAUCAGGAAAAACUCUGCACUUGUUUCUGGAACAACUGAAUACCUGUUAUUUUUCUUAUCUUAGGGUAGAGGUUCAGUGUUCACUUGGGAGAGGAAGGCAGUAAUUAACUUUGUUACUCUUUUUCUUCAGAGGAAUCUUCUAGCAUGCCCAGUCUACCAUUAACUUCUCAAAUUUGUUAUCUGGGUGUCUUCUAGAGGCUCAAGAUGAUUUCCUUCCCUGUGUGGUGAAUUUUAGGCAUGAUCUAAAAGGGUAUCCAAAAGAUUCUUCCUUUUACUCUGAGCAGCAGUUGCCCGUGUUUCUUUAGUUUGAAUUAAACUGGCCGCGAAAAUGAGUGCUGUAUCCAGACAGGUCCAUGCUGAAAGUUUGUGAAUACCCUGGAGGAUGCUCUAGCUGUUGUAACUCAAAAGUGGGUCCUAUCCUACAGAGAGCUCCUUGACAAAACAACAGCUUCCAAAAGACUCAGCAAUGUUUGGUCUUUAAAGUGGAGUUUUGUUUAUGGAAUUUGUUUGUAGGCCAGUAGCAAAUUCUGCUUUAACUUUACCAGUCAGGUUUACUAAUAAAACAUUCACAUGUACUGGAAGUGAAACAAAAUCAUCCUUGUCUCUUUUGGCCUGUCUGUCUAAUGCCUGUACCUGCAGGAAGUUCACACUGUAAGAACAGUUCUCAUAGGCAGGAGGUUAGAGUCUUCAGUUUUCCUACAUGAUUUGCUAACCCUCUGCUUACUAUAAAACCAUUACUCAAAUACCUUUAGACUUUACCAUAGUUAUUAAUCUGCUUGAUGCGAAACAACUUUUGUAUUUUUCUGGCUAAUGUAUUGUAUAAGCUAUAGGAGAACACCUGUGAGAAAUUUAUUGUCUGAAACAUAUGAUAGGAGGAACUGCUUUUUAAAAAGAGUUUUGUUUUUGUAUUCAUUUGAGAUAGAACAAGUUGAAGGAAUUAUUGGUUGAAGAAGUCAAAUGAUUUAAAUCAGAUCUUGUGUGUGAAUGCUUGCGUGCGUGUGUAUUUAUUGAAGAAAAUGUGUCUCAAUUUGAGAACUGGAAAAUUGGAUAUUUGAUUUUAAUUAUAUUUUUAUUUAUUUAAAAAAGUAGAAGUGGUCUUUCAUUAUUGAUUUUUUUGUCCCACAGAAUGACUUAAAUUUUCCCUGCCUGUUUGGUUAAGACACAGGGGAACAUCUUAAAUCUGUGAUAAUUUCCAAGUUACAUAAUUUUAAGAGGCUUUCCUCUUAUACAGAACACAAGGAGAAAAGAAAUCCAGCUGGAAAUCAUUUCACCAUUUUUGCUGUAAAUUUUUUAAUAUGUUUGUGAUAUGAUAGUAUUAAUUUUCUUGCUAGAUGUGGAUGAUUAAUUUUUUCAUCUGUAUUAGGAAUUAAAUAUUAUUAAUUGGGGUUAAUGAGUUGAUCUACUCUCAUGCUUAUAUCUGAGCUCUUGUAGUACUAUUCCAUUCUCUUUUGAAUUAUAUAAGGCAUUUCUCCAUUUUUGUGUGGUACUUACAGCCAUAACCCUUAUUUUGAAGGUUUUAUAUUGUAGAUAUUUGACUUAAUAUAAAAUUAUUUUUAUGCAAGAUAAAAGAUGUAGAGUCUUUAGUUCAUCUUAUGAUGCAAAGGAGAAUAACUGGGCAAGGAAUGUGGUUAAAUAGGGCUUUUUUCCUUUUAAAUUUAUACUGCUAAAUACACCAGGAGAUCAACAUCAAAAUCAAAUCCAAGGACUUCCAUAGACAUUACAGUUCAAUUUUAGUUACGAAAGCAAAGAAGUCUUUAAAAAGCUCUUAUACAGUCCAUUUUUAUUUUCUUGAUGAAAUGGUAACUAGAUACCUGGUUAAUCAGAGUUUAGUUUUAUUCCAGACUUUGUUUUUAUGUUGGGAGGAACUGAACUUUGAUCUUAGUCACUUGUAAGUCUCCGUAGUGAAACUGAACUCCUUUCAUUUAACACUUAGUACGUUUGUGCAUUAGGAAAACUUAUUAGAGGAAAAUUAUGUUUAUAUGCAGACACAAAGUGGCUAAACUCAUCUGUUAUGAACAAAAGUUAAUGAGGGAGAAUUUGUGCAUCCACAUACAAGUUUUCUUGAAUUAAAGGAGAAAAACCAGACCCUGACAAAGGAGGGCUGGACUGAAAAACAGUACCCUCAAUACUACAGAAAUGAGGAAAAGAGGUAAUGGGCAACAGAGAGCUUCGUCCUGCUCUGAGAUCCCGAAGAAUCCCCAUCCCCUCCCCCCUGACCUCCUGCCAGAAUGUUGGGUUUCAAAGAAUGCGCAGAUUAACGGAUAUCAGGAGUAGCGUGGCCCUGGGCUGAGGAUAAGGAUAAUUUACCUGAGUAACAGUCCUGGCUGAAUCAUUACAGGCCUUCUACUUGGUAUAUCUCUGUGUAAGCGUAAAGGGAACUUAGCCAAGGAGCAUUAAAACCAUUGCUGUUGGAAGGAAGUCAUAUAGUAAGGAAACCACUGAAGGCCAAGAGAGAAAAGCAAGAACAGAAACACAGCCCCAAGGUCUGUAAGACUCAGAGUUGGGCAGUGCCCACCCAUAAGGGAGCCAGCAUAGAUCUGAAGUGAAUACCUGUGACGGAGGGUCUGCGUGUCAGGGAAAGCUGCUGCUGCUGGACAUAGGCCCUGCAUCAUCAACUGAUUUAACAUGGCAGCGUCUGUGACACACUCUGCCUCUAUACUGCCUUCUCUACGGAAAAACCAAGUGGCCUUGAAGGAGGGUAAGAUGAAGUUUCAGACUUGGGCUCAGCAGAAGAGGGAUUUGAGGCUGGGGCCAGUGCCAGGAUCUUCAUGUUUCAGUUUGAGGAUUGUGUUGCUGUUGGUGAUUUCUCUGCCAAGCUUGUACUGUGAUCUGGGAUCAGUAUAUUACUCUUCCUAUGAAACAGUCACCCCCAAGAGUCUGACAGUGGAAGGAAGGGAAGACCAAGUGGAAAAGCUCUCCUAUGUGCUAUUUAUGCAGGGCCAGAAACAGCUGAUUCACCUGAAGGUGAAGAGAGACUAUUUUGUGAAUAACUUUCCAGUCUUCAGCUACCACAAUGGCAUCCUGGGGCAAGAAAUGCCUUUGAUCUCACAUGACUGUCAUUAUGAAGGCUACAUAGAAGGAGUCCCAGGUUCUUUUGUUUCUGUCAACACCUGUUCAGGCCUCAGAGGCGUCCUGAUUAAGGAGGCAAAAUCCUAUGGCAUUGAGCCCAUUCACUCUUCAAAACGGUUUGAACAUGUGUUGUACACCAUGGCCCGUGAAGCUCCAAUCUCCUGUAGUGUCACUUCCAAUGACAGCCAAGUGGCAUUCACCAGCCGGCAACAAGAGAGCAGCAAGCCUCGCAGUCGGCAGGUGCCAUCCUACUUGUGGUCACAUACCAAAUACGUGGAGAUGUUUGUCGUGGUCGACAACCAGCGGUUCCAAAUGUGGGGCAAUGACAUCAAUGAGACAGUCCAGAGAGUAAUGGACAUCAUUGCUCUGGCCAACAGCUUCACUAGGGGAAUAAACACAGAGGUGGUGCUGGCUGGAAUGGAGAUUUGGACCGAGGGGGACCUCAUACAGGUCCCAGUGGACCUGCAAGUUGCACUCAGGAAUUUCAAUAGCUGGAGACAAGAGAGGCUCUUCCAUCGUGUGAAGCAUGAUGUUGCCCACAUGAUCGUUGGACACCAUCCUAAAGAGGAUACGGGGCAGGCAUUUCUCAGUGGUGCCUGUUCAAGUGAUUUUGCAGCAGCCGUUGAAUCCUUCCACCAUGAGGAUGUCCUCCUGUUUGCAGCGCUCAUGGUCCAUGAGCUUGGGCACAACUUGGGUAUUCCGCAUGACCAUUCGGCCUGCGUUUGUAAAGAUAAACCCUUUGGCCUCAUGCGUGAAAAUAUCACUAAAGAAAGUGGCUUCAGCAACUGCAGCUCUGACUUCUUCUACCAGUUCCUCUGGGAACACAAAGGGGCCUGCCUAUUUAACAAGCCUGGGCCCAAAGGCCGCGUACGGAGGGAUUCCCGCUGUGGAAAUGGUGUUGUAGAAGAGGAUGAGCAGUGUGACUGUGGUUCUGACUGUGACAAUCACCCAUGCUGUGACCAAACAUGUAGGCUGAAGGAGAAUGCAGAGUGUAGUGAUGGACUCUGCUGCGUUAAAUGCCAACUGAAAUAUAAGGGAUUCAUGUGCCGUCCUGCUUUGGGGGAGUGUGACCUCCCAGAGUAUUGUGAUGGUUCCUCUGGAGAAUGCCCCAUAGACAGCUAUAAGAUAGAUGGUACAAUGUGUGAUAGAAUUCACUAUUGUGCUGGAGGUCGCUGUAAGAACCCUGAUAAUCAGUGCAUGGAUAUAUAUGGGUUCUCUGCAAGGUCUGCCCCAGAAAACUGUUACAUUUCAAUGAACAGAAGAGGGGACCGGUUUGGAAACUGUGGUAUUACCAACUCACCUAGGUUAAGAUAUUUGAAGUGUGUAGAUGAUAAUAUAUUUUGUGGGAAACUUAUAUGUACAAAUGUUAGACAGGUACCACAAAUCAAACCAAAUCAUACACUGAUCCAGGUCGCUCAUGAAGAUGACUGGUGCUGGAGCAUGGAUGCCUAUAACACUACUGAUAUCCCUGAUGAUGGAGAUGUACACACUGGCACUCUUUGUGCUCCAAACAAAGUCUGUGUAAAUUACUCUUGUACUGAUUAUGCUGUGCUCAAGUAUGACUGCAAACCAGAAGAAAUGUGUAAUGGUAACGGAGUUUGCAACAAUUUUAGGCACUGCCAUUGUGAGGCUGGCUAUGCUCCCCCUGACUGCAGAGGUCCAGGAGAUGGUGGUAGUGUAGACAGUGGUCCACCUGGCAAACCAACUGAAAUUCAAAGUGUAGGUGUAGGUGGCGGUUCUUUUCAUCGUAGCAUUGAGUUUAGAAAUGUUGGCAAGCUAAUUUUCAUACUCCCUUCAUUUCUUUUAAUAUUGUUGUUAGUUUUAAUAUUUUACAUUACCCUCAGGGCUGUAAAUGAGUCAGUAGAGACCCUAGGGCGUACCUUGGAGGAAAGUUCAGAGGAAACCACUAGUAAGGGAUUCUUAACGGAGUUUCUACCAGUGGGGCUACAGGAGGAGGAGUCAGAAGAGAAGGACCAAGAAGAGGUGGCCCCCCCACCGGAGGAGGCCCCCUUGCCGCCGCUGGAGGCUCCCCCACCGCUGUAGGCAAUGCUGCUGCCGCCGGAGGCCCCACCACCAGGAGAGCUAGCACCAUAAGAGGUAGCAGGUGAAGGAAAAGGAUAACCAAAGGCAGAAGUGUAUUGGUGGAAGAAUCCAAAAAUAUCGAAUAUCUCAAGCACUGAGUGGGAAAGAGGGGCUCAGAGAAGCAAAGGUGAAGUGAGAAUUGAUGGCUCCUGUAGCUCUGAACAGGAUAUAUAGUCUACAGAAACAUACUAACAUGGGAACAGAGAUGCCCCUGCUUUCAGUAUUCAUUUUAGUAAUUUGGUUAUAUGUUCAUAUAUGAACUCAUAAAAUAUUCUAUAUUUUUGCUGUUUUCCCAUUUCAUGAAACAAUUUUAUUUAAGCUCUUCUCAUGAAUCAUACCUAUCAAUAUCAUCAUUCAUUUGGGCCAAUUUCUGAUCUGAAAUUACUUUUCAGGGCCUACCAUCUUCCAUCUACAUUGUUUGAUACACAGUAUUAUCUCUACCUAUGACUAUCACAGGGUCAUUAAUCCCACUCAUAACACAUUAUCUUAAAAAUGUUAUCUGUUGAGUAAUCUAAUUUGCCCCAAAAGUUGCUAUUCACGAAUAAAAGGUAAUUUAAAAUAAAUAAAAAGCUAUUUUAAGAUGAAGCAUCGCUUCAGACUCCAUACAGCCUAGUCCUUGAGGCUUCUUUAUUUUGGGGCUCUCUUGGAAGGGGCUACAUCUGAUCCAGGGUUGUCCGAUCACCCUGGGUCUGGGUGCAUGGGGGAAGGGGAGCAACUUAGGCAAGAGACAACCUUGUCUAGUGCAGAGUUAAAUUGAAAGUAUUAAUUGUUCCUUCUUUUCUGUUUUUCGACUUUACUUAUUAUAUUUAUUUCUCAUUUCCUUUUUAAGUUAACAUAUUGUUGACUGACAGUCCAAAGGAACAGAGCUUUGGAGGGUAGUCAAUUGUCUGUAAAGAGAGCACAAAGCACAUACAAUAAAACAUGCAUUCUGUGCAAGACACUGUGCUACUUUACAUUUGUUGUCUUAAUUUAAUCCUCCCAUCCACCCUAUGAGACCUCCAUCUUGUACAUGAAGAAACAGAGACCAAAGACUUUUGCUCUAGAGUUGAUAAGGGGUGGAACCUGCAUACGGCCCCACGUAUGACUGAAUCUACAUUCGCCACUGCCUCAUGAGCCUGUUCCUUUAGUAAAAAAAAAGUGAGCAGGAAGACAACUGACAUGUCCUUAAUUGCCCAGGUGAUUAGUGAUGCUGAACACCUUUUCAUGGACCUGUUGGCCAUCUUUAUGUCUUCUUUGGAAAAAUGUCUAUUCAGAUUCUCUGUCCAUUUUUAAAUUCGACUUUUUUCUUUUUGAUAUUGAGUUGUAUAAGUUCUUUUUAUAUUUGGAUAUUAACCCCAUAUCAGAUAUAUGAUUUGCAAAUAUUUUUUCCCAUUCGAUAGGUUGACUUCAUUUUGUUGAUGAUUUCCUUUGCUGUGCAGAAAGAAGCCUUUUAGUUUGAUGUAGUUCCACUGUUUUUUCUUUCCUUUUUUAAUAUUUAUUUAUUUAUUUGGCUGCUCCGUGUCUUAGUUGCAGCAUGCAGGAUGUUCAUUGCCACGUGAGGGAUCUUCCUUGAGGCAUGCAGGAUCUUUAGUUGCAGCACGCAGGCUUUUAGUUGCGGCAUGUAGGAUCUAGUUCCCUGACCAGGGAUUGAACCUAGGCCCCCUGCAUUAGGAGCAUGGAGUCUUAACCACUGGAUCACCAGGGAAGUCCCUAGUUCCACUUGUUUUUGCAUUUGUUGCCUUGGCUUUUGGUGUCAAAUCCAAAAAGCCAUUGUCAAGGCCAGUGUCAAGGAGCUUACUGCCUAUGUUUUUUUCCUAGGAGUUUUAUGGUUUCAGAUCUUAUUUUCACAUCUUUAACCCAUUUUGAGUUA